AUGCAGAGUGCGAAUGAGGGGCCGGCAGACAUCAUUGCGAAGGUGGCCGGCUUUGUCAAGGGCGGCAAGCGCGAGGAUGACGGUGCUUAUUUCACGAACAAUGAAGGCAUCCCGUUUCCGGACCCAGCUCAUUCCAAGACCAUUGGUGGAAUUCCAGUUGCUAGCGACGUGUGGCUCUUUCAGAAGCAGCAGACAUUCAAUCGCUCGAAGACACUUGAGCGCCAGGUGCACCCUUGCGGUUCAGGCGCUUUCGGUUACUUCGAGGUCACCAAGGAUGUCUCCGGCCUUACAAAAGCCAACUUCCUUUCAGAAGUCGGCGAGAAAACGCCCAUAUUUAUUCGUUUUAGUACCGUCACGCCUGGACGCGAGUAUCCCGACGAGGCGCGUAAUCCCCGCGGCUUCGCAAUCAAGUUCUAUACCAUGGAGGGCAACUACGACAUCGUCGGUCUUAACUUCCCUGUCUUUCUCUGCCGUGACCCUAUCCAGGGCCCAGACGUCAUUCGAUCACAAUACUGGAACCCCAAGAACUUUCUCUUCGACUAUGAUGGCAUCUUUGACUUGCUCGCUAACACCCCCGAGGGUAAUCACGCAGGUCUGAUGUUCUUCAGUGAUCACGGCACUCCUCAGGGAUGGCGCUUCAAUCACGGCUACGGCUGCCACACUUUCAAGUGGGUGAACAAGGAGGGCAGAUUCGUGUACAUCAAGUACCAUUUCAUUGCCGAGCAUGGCCAGAAACAGUUCACGCAGGAACAAGCAACACAGAUGUGCGGCGAGGACCCCGACUACUCGAAGCGCGAUCUGUACGAGGCCAUCGAGAAAGGCGAGGAGAUUGUCUGGAAGGCACACGUGCAGGUUAUGCAGCCCGAAGACGCCGAUCCUGAGAAGCUCGGCUUCGACCCCUUCGACGUGACAAAGAUCUGGCCGCGCAAGCAGUUCCCCAUGCAAGAGUUCGGUCGCAUGGUGCUCAACAAGAACCCGGAGAACUACCACCGCGACGUCGAGCAGGCUGCCUUCUCGCCCGGAAGCAUGGUCCCCGGCAUUGAGGACUCGCCUGACCCGCUUCUCCAGUUCCGCAUGUUCUUCUACCGCGACGCGCAGUACCACCGCAUCGGCGUCAAUCUCCACCAGAUCCCCGUCAACUGCCCCUUCAUGGCGAAGUCGUUCGCGCCCCUCAACUUUGACGGCGCGAUGCGCACGGAUGCGAAUCACGCCGGCAACAAGCAAUAUGCGCCGAACAGCUUUGCGCACAAGUUCCGGCCAGACACGGCCGAGGCGCCGUACCAGGUCAGCGACAACGUGAUGAGCCGGAAGAGCCACUACUGGCACGAGGGCAAGAAGAACGAGCAUGACCAGGCGAAGGAGCUGUGGUCGCGGGUCAUGAGCGAGCAGGAGAAGAAGAAUACGAUUAAGAAUACGGCCAACAUGCUCAAGUUUGUUACUACUCCGGAAAUCCAGUACCUUGCGCAAGUGUUUAACAUCGGCCCGGACCUUGCCAAGGGUAUCUACGGUGGGCUCCCCAAGCCCAAGUUUGAGUUCAGCGAGGUGGAGGAGCUGUCCAAGACGGCGCAUGAGUGGUACAAGGAGAAGAAGUUCCGUCCGAGUAAUGGCGAGAGGCUGACUGGUUUCUCUCCAUCGAUGCCUAUCUACAAUUAA